GCCGGGGCUCAGUCUGUUGGAGUGGCCUACAAUCGAACGAACAGGGAACCAGGGAACCGAAAGAAGGCUAAGAGGUUGAGAAGCAGCUUUUCAUAGCGAUCACAGAGGACCAGACCGGAGGGAAUAGGUAGUUAACAUUAUAACAGGAGAAACCGGCUAAGACUGGUCCUGGAAUGUGCAGGCUGCUAAGUCAGCAGAGGCCUCUGGAACAGUGUAGGCAUGCACUGUAAGAAGCUGGGUCAGGACGUCUGCGUCCCCAUCUCAAUUCCAACACCGAGGAACCGGGGAGCCUCUGGGCAAGUCACCAGCUUUUUCUGACUCACUUUCCUCCUCUAGUUAACUUCUGAAGAUCGUCCGUGCUCUAAAACCACAGGAUUUGGUGAUCAUCAAUUUCAGUUCCCAAGAGACUGGCAUGGAAGAGAGUUUCUUAGGAAGCAGUGGCUGGGGGCUGUGUGGCUGAGGAUGCCGUGGACUCCUUGGCUUCCCGGUGCUGAGGGUUUCGGCGAAUCGGCUUUCUGGCGCGAACGUGUCCUGGCUCGCAGGAGAAAACUCGGUUCCCUGGGGCUGGCGCGCCUGUCCCUCGGGGCUGCGCAGCACUGACGCUGGUCUUGACUGAGCGCCGCCUGAGGGCAGGCCCAAGUUUCCAGCCUCCUCCUGAACAGAAAACCACAGGUCGCUGGGCCCAGUCUACCCGGAGCCGGCAGGAUGGCGGAGGGCAAGGCGGGUGGCGCCGCCGGCCUCUUCGCCAAGCAGGUGCAGAAGAAAUUCAGCAGGGCCCAGGAGAAGGUUCUGCAGAAGUUGGGGAAGACUGUGGAAACCAAAGAUGAACGGUUUGAACAAAGUGCCAACAACUUCCACCAGCAACAGGCAGAAGGCCAGAAGCUCUACAAGGACCUGAAGAACUUCCUUAGCGCCGUCAAAGUGAUGCAUGAGAGCUCAAAACGAGUGUCAGAAACCCUGCAGGAGAUCUACAGCAACGAGUGGGACGGUCACGACGAGCUGAAGGCCAUCGUAGGGAACAAUGAUCUCCUUUGGGAAGACUACGAAGAGAAAUUAGCUGACCAGGCAGUGAGAACCAUGGAAAACUACGUAGCCCAGUUCAGCGAGAUCAAGGAAAGAAUUGCCAAGCGGGGUCGGAAACUUGUGGACUAUGACAGUGCCCGACACCACCUGGAGGCGUUGCAGAAUGCCAAGAAGAAAGAUGAGGCCAAGACUGCCAAGGCAGAGGAAGAGUUCAACAAAGCCCAGAGUGUGUUUGAAGACCUGAACCAGGAACUGCUGGAGGAACUGCCCGCUCUGUAUCACAGUCGUAUUGGCUGUUACGUGACCAUCUUCCAGAACAUCUCCAACCUGAGGGAUGUCUUCUACAGGGAGAUGAGCAAGCUGAACCACAGUCUCUACGAGGUGAUGAGCAAACUGGAGAAGCAACAUUCCAACAAGGUCUUUGUGGUGAAGGGAGUAUCAAGCAGCAGACGCUCUUUAGUCAUCUCUUCCCCAGUUCGAACAUCCACAGUCUCCAGCCCUCUCACCUCACCUACCAGUCCCUCCGCGCUUGCUUUGAAGAAUGAAGGGGAAUCCAUCUCAGCAAGUGAAGAAGAGCUGGCAUCUGAUCUGGCCCAGCGAGAAGAUGAUGCUGAGAUUAAAGAGCCCUUAAAAGACCAGGAAGAAGAAGUGGAAGAGUCUGAAGCUAGCUCCUCCGAGGAGGAAGAGCCUCUGCCAGCUUGCAACGGCCCCGCCCAGGCCCAGCCCUCUCCCACCAUUGAGGACGGCAAGUCCCAAGAGGAAGCGCUCUCCGGCUCCCCACCUCCAUCACCAGGCGGACCCCUUCUCCCUUCAGAACAGCCCUCAUCUCCCCCAGAAGUGGUCCUCCGAACCCGCACCUCAAGUGAAGGGUCCGAACAACCGAAGAAGAGAGCCCCUGUCCAGAGGACCUCCGCACCUCCUAAUAGGCCGCCUCCGCCCAGAGCCACUCCCAGCCCCAGGCACUCCUUGGGGAACCUCCCCUCCAGCCCUCCAGCCUCUGAACAGGGCUCGCCCACCAGUCCUAGGGCCCUCUUGGAGGCUUCUCCUGACCCCCAGGCACCAGAGAAGCCAGUAAGAACUCCUGAGGCCAGAGAAAAGGAGAACAUCGGCAAUCUGAACCCAGAAGAACUUUGUACUUCCCCUACCUUGAUGUCCUCUGAGGUUUUUUCAGAGUCUGACAAGGCAAAGAAGAUAGAAGACAAGGAAGAGAACAAGAAGCUGGGCUUCGCUGACUCCCCUGAGAGCCAAGAUCAGCUUCACGUCUCCGCAGUUCCAGAAGAGAGCGACGUCAUGGCACCCGAGCCUCAAGAAGAGGUAUCUACAGUGCAAAAUGACUAACUCUGAA